AGCUGUAAACAUGGCGGAGGAGAUUCUGGAAAUAGUGGAGAGGUUGCAGUCAAGGCUUUCGGAGAAUCAGGAGCCCCGAAAGCUGCUGAAGACUCUCAAAAGACUUGGAGAACUGCCAAUGACUGUGGACAUCCUAGUGGAAACAGGUGUCGGGAAAUCUGUAAAUUCUCUUCGGAAGCAUGACAUUGCAGGAGAGAUGGCAAAGGGCCUUGUAGCCAAGUGGAAGAAGCUGGUCCCUCAGUCUGUAGACAGACCCAGUGGCAGGGAGGGACGAUCUCACACACGCACUGAGGAGACAAGAAGUCACAAACGAGUUCGGGAACCGUCUCCAGAGGAACCUGCACAUGUAGAAGAGGAAGGAGAAGAAGAUGAAGACGAGGAAGAAGCUGGAUACCAGCCCGAUUAUCCCUCCAUGUAUCCUCAGCACUACAGUCCCCAACAUGGCCACAGUGACGUAGGAGGAUAUCAGUCAGAGGGCUACGAGAGCCCAGUCGAGGAGGAACCUGUUCCCAGUCCUCCCCGCAAAGAAGUCAGACAUAGCAAACCUUACAAAGAUCCGGCUCGGGAACACAGUUCCUACGAUGCCAGGGAACAAGAGCGAAGGAAACGUCACAUGCAAGCAACUGGUGGUGGAGGCAGUAGUGGUAUCAGCAGCAGCAGUGAAGGAAGGAAACGCAGUGCUGAAAAAGAGCCGCAGAGUAACUCCACACACAAAGCUUCUAAACACAGUCGCCACUCAACUCCACAUGAAAGUAAGAAGGACAAGAAAGGAGAAAGUGAAGGGAGGUCCCGGGACAGAAGGGAUGGACCAGAAUCGUCUCAGGCCGGAGAUGAUGAAGAGGAAGAACCAUUCGAGACUCCUACCAUGUCUUUUGAAUCCUUCCUCAACUAUGAUGCCCCUGCUCCCAGCAAGAAGAAAAAGAAGCCUUCUCGGCCAUCGCACUCCUCCCAUCAGGCACCAGCCGUUCCAGCCCCGUCUGUGUCCUCCAAGCCCAGCAAAUCAAACGGCACUAAACGCCCAGAGACAACCCCAGUGUCCACGCCCUCAUUGCCAGAGAAACGGAAGAGGGUUGUUGAUGUGGUGCCCACACUACCUGAUAUCCCUUUACCAGCCAUCCAGCCCAACUACAGACCAUUGCCCUCAAUUGAUGUCACUCCUUUAUCUCCACAGAGACGUAAAGUUCCAGUAUCGUGUGAGGAGGAGGAUGCUGGCUUCACAGGACGACGUUUCAACUCAAAAAUGGUGGUUUACUCCGGUUCUAAGACCGCUUACUUACCUAAGAUGAUGAGCUUGUAUGAGCAGUGCAUCAGGGUUUUACAGAACAACAUUGACUCUAUCGAUGAAGUCGGUGGUGUGCCUUUUGAGAUUCUGGAGCCAGUUUUGGAAAGAUGCACGCCAGCUCAGCUUUACCGCAUCGAGACUUCCAACCCAUACUUUGUGGAGGAGUCGGACGACCUGUGGAUGAAACACUGUCAGCGGGACUUCAAACGGGAGUCUCCUCAGGAGUACGAGUCCUGGAGGGAGUUGUACUUACGUCUACACGACGAGCGUGAGGAGCGACUGCGCAUGCUCACGCAGAAUAUCAGCUCCGCCCACGCCAGUAGACCCAAAGGUCGACAGGUAAAGAUGGCGUAUGUGAAUUCGGUUGCCAAGCCACCGCGUGACGUCCGCCGCAGGCAAGAGAAGUUUGGCACUAAAAACGGUUCGACAAGUGCCAGCGUCAGUGCUGCUGCUCCUUCUGCUGUCAAAGUCAGACCGGCAGUACCAUACAACUCCCAUUCAAGUGAUGCUGGACAGUCUUCCUACAGCAGUAACUCAGAGUCCUCCCGCCCCUCGGCAACAAGCAGUGGUGGAGGACACAGUGCAAGAGAAAAACCACAGGUCAAAAAAAUUGCCCCCAUGAUGGCCAAAACUAUCAAAGCAUUCAAGAACAGAUUUAGCCGACGAUAAAUAGAGAGACUGGUUUUAUGUUGUGAAUGAGCGAAAAGUUGUGGAUCAGUGAGAGAAUGUCCAGCAUCUUUUUAAUGAAAUGCUUCAUAGGAAUCCUGUAACGCCCCCACAGAUGUCUUUUAUGGCUUUAAAUGUUCCGUGCAGACCACAGACAAAAACGAAACACACACACACACACACACACACACAUACACACACACGCAGAACAACAUGUCCUUCUGUCUUGUUACUUUUCUCAUGCUCUCCAGAAUGCUUUGCAAACAAGCAGACACUACAAUAGGCCAGUGAUGCCAAACCCCAACCUUUUUGUUUUCAACAUUUUCACCUCGUAUUUCAGAGAAUUUCGAAAGGGUCAUGUUUUACAGAAGGGAACACACCCAUCAUUUCAGCAUUGCACACAGUGUUAAAGGAUGAUUGUUUUUCAUGCAGAUUACUGCUUUUAGAAGGUCAUAUGAAAUGGGGCAGACCAUACUGAGAAACAAAAUAGCAUCAUGAGAGAGAGCAAGAGAAAGGUGAAGUGAUUGAUCAUGUGAGAGGACCUUACACCUUCACUCAGUUGUAUUUAUUUUCAGUCCUGGGUCUUGGCUUGUCUGAACCUGGACCCAAAUA